CUCGGCCAGACUCCGCACAGAACACGAACUUAUCCUUCGUCCGCCCAGCCUGUGAUGAUCGCUCGAUCCUCGAUUCGGCUCCAGAUGUGAUAUGUCAGCACAGCUGAGGUGACAUGAACCAAUGCCUGCACUUCGCUUACGGCUGCAUUUGGUGCUCAUUCGGCGAGCUUGAGCAGCCUGCAGCCUUGUGCUUGCUGGUGGACGGGGCUCCAGUGCUGAGGCUAUGUCACUCAAGUCGCUCCAUCGGCUGACUGCCCCAGAACCCUUUGUCUCCAGUGUCCGUCCCCCUGUUUCUCUUUAAAAUAGCCAUGCGCGGCUGCUCUCGGCCUUCAGUCAUGCUCACUGCCCUUGACUUGGGCUUUCAUUCGAUUUUGUCUUCGUUAUGAUUUAUCCACCCCAGAACUCAGACCGCCGCGAUGAGGAGACCAUUCUCACCACCGAGAAGGAUCUCUCGGUAUCGUCCAUCUCGUCCGUGGACGAGUACGACGCCGGCUUGAAGAAGCCAGUGGAGGAUAACGAGGAAGUCCCGUUAAGUCGCAAUGCGCGUUUUCUAUUAUGGACUGUCUUGAAUGUUGCCUCAACCGUUGGCAUUGUAUUCACAAAUAAAUCGAUCAUGUCCGAUGUCUCAUUUAGCAACCGUCAAGUUUCCCUCGCUUGUUAUCAUUUCUUCAUCACUGGCGCGACAUUAUGGAUCGCUUCCUUUCGUUUCUUCGGCGCCUUUAUCCCCAAGCCCGUCAGUCUCAUACAAAUGACCCCCAUUGCAGCCGCCAUGGCUAUUCAGGUUGUACUACAAAACCUGUCGCUCGCACACUCCUCGGUUAUGUUUCACCAGCUAGCGCGCCUCCUCUUAACACCAGUGGUGGCGCUACUUAAUUACGUGCUUUUCCGAGUCAAGAUUCCUCGCGCAGCGCUUCUGCCACUGGUUCUGCUGUGCACUGGUGUCGGUAUCGUCACAUACUAUGAUUCACUCCCUGCAGCGGAGAAUGGAACUACUACAACAGCGCACGGUGUAAUUUUUGCGCUGACAGCUGUCUGCGCCAGUUCGAUCUACACUGUCUGGAUCGGACAUUAUCAUAAACGGUAUGAACUGAGCAGCAUGCAGUUGCUUCUGAACCAGGCGCCUAUCAGCGCGUGCUUGCUUCUGUGCGCUAUUCCGUGGGCAGAGGCAGGUCCUGCUGUGUCGUCUGCUCCGACGCCAAUGUGGAGCAUGGUUUUACUGAGCGGCCUACUCGCCUGCAUGGUGAACCUGUCUCAGUUUUACAUCGUUGACGCCGCUGGAGCUGUCAGCGGCGCAGUCAUUGGCCAGCUCAAAACCUGUAUCAUUGUAGGACUGGGCUGGGCGUGGAGCAACCACGUCGUCCCGCGCGAGAGCGUGUUGGGUAUUAUUAUGGCAUUGGUAGGGAUGAGCAUGUACAUGAACAUUGUCCUUAAGAAUAGAUAGAAAUAUAAAUAGCUUCAUGAAUCAUUUAACCUUUGUUCUGAAUCUCGC